AGUAAUUUUGUUGUGUCGACUGCCAGACUCGUUUAAAACGAGAUGUGAGGUGUGUUUGUUACAUGUUAGAUGCAUGACCAAGCACCUGCUUUUGCAAACGUGGAAGCAAGCCUUCUGGGGUGGUUUUGAAAUAGAUCAAUGAGCGUUCGUGACGACUGCACCCCACACCGCGCAGCUUUGCACUGGCUACCUGUAAUUGAGAACGAGACGUGGAAUUUCUUGGGGUCUGAAACCGUGACAGCGGAAAUACAGAGGUAAAAGAGUCAUCGAAGUAUAAUGGCGAAGACGUUGUACUUUCUCAACAUGUCUGAGGAGAAUGAAUCUGCUUGGGAUAUCUCCGCCUCGUCCUCUUUUAGUGGUCUGGACAGAGUGUUUGAGCUCAGGCCGCUGUUCAUCCCUCUCUACGCCAUGGUGGUCCUGGUGGCCUGCUCAGGCAACCUCCUGCUGCUCCUCCUCAUUGGCUUCAACAAGAAGCUCCACAGCACCACCAAUUUCCUGAUCGGCAACCUGGCCCUGGUCGACCUGGUCAUGUGCCUGUUCUGCGUGCCACUGACCGCCUCUUACGCCUUCGACCAGCGCGGGUGGGUGUUCGGGCCCUUCACCUGCCACUUUGUCACUCUCAUGCAGACGGCGACGGUGUUCGCCGCUGUGCUCUCGCUGACGGCCAUUGCGGUGGACCGCUAUGUGGUGGUGGCCUACCCCAUCCGCCGGCGCGCCGGACGGCUCUUCUGCGGCUGCCUGGUGGCCACCAUCUGGCUCUGCGCUCUGGCCAUGUCCACGCCGACGGCCCUGCACACUGUCUACCUGGACCUGAGCGCCACGGGCCACCAGAUGAUCGUCUGCGAGGAGUUCUGGCCAGACGAAGAGCGUGGACGCCUGGUCUACUCCUGCUUCGUCCUGCUGCUCUCCUACUUCGUGCCCCUCAGCGCCGUCUCCGUCUCCUACUGCGCCAUCUCCUUCCACCUGCGUAACCGGAACCUGCCCAGCCUGAUGGCGGCGCUACCGUCGUCCAACCAGGAGAAGUGGGGACGCAAGCGCAGGAAGACCUUUCGGCUCCUGCUCGUCUCUGUGCUCUGCUUCGCCUUCUCCUGGCUGCCCUUGCAGGUGGUCAACCUCAUCCGUGACCUGGACAGCGACUUCUCCAUCCUGGGCAAGGAGCAUGUGAAUGUCAUCCAGGUGUCGUGCCACCUGUUCGCCAUGAGCUCGGCGUGCUACAACCCGUUCAUCUACGCCUCGCUGCACGACAAGUUCCUGGCCUACCUGUGGCGCCACUUCUUCACCCAGCAAAGGUUGGAGAACGCCAGGAACAGCCUCAACACCUCCCACCGACUCACCCGCCUGCACACCUCCUCCACAAUGGCUGACAUCCCCAUGGCCAUCAGUGCCAAAAUUGCCCGGGAGGAGCUUGCUGCUCUCCGCUGA